CUCUUUCCUUAUUUGGCCCUCCAGGUGAUAAGAUGAAUGCAUAAGGGAAGGGUUGCAGGACAGACAGCAGCAGUUGGGACAUCCAAGCAGCCAGGAGAUGGCCAGCAGGAAGGCAGGGACUCGGGGGAAGGUGGCAGCUGCCAAGCAAGCCCAACGGGGAUCUUCGAAUGUCUUCUCCAUGUUUGAACAAGCACAGAUCCAGGAAUUUAAGGAGGCAUUCAGUUGCAUUGAUCAAAAUCGAGAUGGCAUCAUCAGCAAAUCAGACCUGAAGGAGACCUACUCUCAACUAGGAAGAGCAAAUGUGCCUGAAGAAGAGUUGGAUGAGAUGCUACAGGAAGGCAAGGGCCCGAUCAACUUCACAGUGUUUCUCACACUCUUUGGGGAGAAACUCAAUGGCACCGAUCCUGAAGAAUCCAUCCUGAGCGCCUUCCGCAUGUUUGACCCCAGUGGCACUGGGGUUGUCAACAAAGAAGAGUUUAAGCAGCUACUUCUGACCCAGGCAGACAAGUUCUCUCCAGCUGAAGUGGAGCAAAUGUUUUCAUUGACACCUAUGGACCUGUCAGGAAAUAUCGACUACAAAUCUCUGUGCUACAUCAUCACCCAUGGGGAUGAGAAGGAAGAGUAAAAGGAUUCAGGGAAAGAGUGAAAGGCAGAGAGCCAGGUUCAAUAAAACACAGAUGCUAAGAUUUAGUGCAAAGUAUUUUUUUGUGUUUGGGAGAAGUGUUGUGGGAGGCUACUAGAGGCAAAGAUAGAGGAAAUGUAGAAUAAUGGAAAAAAUCAUAUGGAUUAAGAGAUGGAAGAAUGGAUUCAGAUCAAUAUUCUAUCAUUUUCUCAGUUUUCUUAUCUAUAAAAUGGGGAGAACAAAACAACAGUAUUAUUGAUGUUUAUUAAUAUUGUUAAUUGUGAAGACUUAUUCAAAUGCCUAUAAGAAUCAAAUGAGUUCACAUGAGUGAAAGUGAUUUGAAAAAUGUAAAGUACUAUCUAUAGUCAUGAAAAAAUGCUCUAACUUAAAUAAAAUAACUAAAGAAAUGCAAAUUAAAACAA